AUGUCAGAUAAUUUUUUCAUCAAAAAUAAGACUGCAAUCAUAGUGACUGCAUUAGCUGUUACAUCCGCUUUUGGUGCCUACUAUUACUACAGUCAACAACAAGAAACAUCGUCAUCAUCACCUGGACCUAAAGAUUCAAAAUCAUCUAGCGAGGAUAAAUCAAUUGGGGGUGCUGGAAGUAGCUCAUCAUCAUCUAAGAAAAACAAAAAGAAAAAGAAAUCAAAGUCAUCAUCAAGUCCUGAACCAGCCGAGUCCAAGGAAGUUAGCCUGAAAAACACCAAAUAUCCAAUAAACUCAAAUGGAUCCCCAGCUUUAACUCCGGAAAUCAUUUCUAAUUUAUCCGAUCAAGAAAAAGAAGAAUGGGCUAUUCAAUUAAAGGAAGAUGGUAACACUGAGUUCAAGAAUAAGAAAUAUGAAAAAGCAAUUGAUUUUUAUUCUGCUGCUUUAGCUUUGAAAAAAGAUCCAAUUUAUUAUUCAAAUAGAUCAGCUUGUUAUGCUGCUUUAGACGAUCAUGAAAAUGUUAUAAAAGAUACCACUGAAGCCAUCAAAUUGAAACCUGAUUAUACUAAAUGUAUAUUAAGAAGAGCUACAUCUUACGAAGUAUUGGAAAGAUAUGAAGAUGCAAUGUUCGAUUUAACUGCAUUAACCAUAUAUGGAGGAUUUUCAAAUAAAUCAGUCGAACAAGUUUUGGAAAGAGUUUUGAGAAAACACUCCAUCAAAAUAGUUGAUCAAAAAGAGAAGAAUCUAGUUUUACCUUCAGCUGCAACAAUUGGGUCAUUCUUUGGAGCAUUUGAUGAGGAAAAAGAAUUAGCAAGUUUGAGUGAAGCUAAAGAGGGUGGUGAAAAAUUCUUAUAUGAUGCAUUAAUUAAAAUUCAAAAUAACACUAGAGAUGGAUAUGAAGAAGCUGAUACUUUGAUUAACCAAGCUGUUAAUGCAUUGAAAGAUGAUGAAUCCAAAAAGGCAAUCUACGCAGUUGCAUUAGAAUAUUUAGCAGCUUUCCAAUUCUUGAAAAAUGAUCCAAACGUUGCUGCGGAAUCAAUUAAUCAAGCAAUAAGUUUGAAACCAAGACCAAGAUCCUACGUUUUCAGAGCAUUGAUCAAUGCUGAUAAAUCAUCAUAUGAAGAAGCUCUCAGGGACUUCAAAGCUGCUGAAGAAUUAGAUCCAACUUCACCAGAUACUUUCUAUCACUUGGGUCAAUUAUAUUAUUUAACUGGAGAUUUAGUAAAUGCUGAAAUUAAUUUCAAUAAAGCAAAAUCAUUACAUCCAAAUAACGUUUAUGCUUAUAUCCAAUUGGCUUGUAUUACAUAUAAGAAUGGAAAUCCAGAGCUAGCUUAUGAAAAAUUCACAGAAGCAAAAUUAAAAUUCCCAACAUCUCCAGAAAUCCCCAACUAUUAUGGUGAAAUCUUGGCAGAUAAAGGAGAAAUAGAAAAUGCUUUAAAACAAUUUGAUAUCUCGUCUAGAUUACAAGAAAAAUUAGAUAGGUUCAGUGUUGGAGCUUUACCAUUAAUAAACCAAGCAACAGUAAUUAGUAGAGAAAGUUUAGAAAGAAUAGGAGAAGCUGAAACACUUUUGGUAAAAGCAUGUGAAUUGGAUCCAAAAUCAGAAUUAGCUAGAAUUUCAUUAGCUCAGAUCAAAUUACAAAAAGAUGAAGUUGAUGAUGCUAUAAUAUUAUUUGAAGAAAGUUGUGAUUUGGCAAGAUCUAUUGAAGAGAAAAUACAAGCCAUUUCUUUUGCUGAAGCAACUAAAAUGCAAAAGAGAAUUAAAAAUGAUCCUAUCUUAACAAAAAAGAUUACUGAGUUAAUGAGACAAAGUGGUGCUUUUUAA